AGACGGAUUAAUGUUAACGAGACGUUUAUCGCUUCAUCCAUUUUUAUGACAUAAUAUCUUUUUUUACACGCUUUAUUCGCCUCAAAAUGACACAUUAUCUGUUCUCUGUGUUCUAUCAUCUUAUCGGAGAUUGGUUUUUCGAGAGAUGACUGACGAGAUACGUAAAUGAGAGUCUGCCAAGUGAAAACUUUUCUAACCAGUAUGAUGGUGAUUUUUGGAAGAUAAGGUCUGUGAUUUACAGUUAUCGGCUCGAAUCUGUCUGUGAUUUUAAAAUAGGAGUAAUAAUGUAUGUGUGAUUGACGUGAUUGUGAUUGUAUAAUUUAUUUUUACGGAAUGAAUGCUCGAUCUACUUUAUGGUUACUGGUUUUUCUCGGAUUCUGGAUCAAUGACGUGUUCAAAACUAACAUGAGUAUGGUUAUAACGUCCAUGGUCAAGGACUACAGCAUGAAUACAAAUUUUACUGGAAGAUGUGGCGUGGGUAGCUUUACUUCUUGGCAUAAACUAACAGGAGUAGUACCUCCCAAAUCAGUGAUAAAACAAAUCACAUUCGACUGGGACGACCACGAGCAAGAUUUAAUAUUGGGUAGCUUUUUUUGGAUUCAUUGGAUCGCCCAAUUACCAGGUGGCAUCCUCACCCAUUAUUUUGGCACCAAGGUAGUUCUUGGAGUUUCCAUUUUUUUGGGAGUUAUUUCCAAUAUUUUAAUACCUUUUGCUGCUAAAAUGGGUAUCAAGACAUUGAUAUUUGUGAGAUUAUUUCAAGGGUUUGUGGGAGGUGCCACUUGGUCAUCGUUGCCUCAUUUGACUGCAAGAUGGAUACCAAAGAAAGAACGAGCAAUUUUUUUAACAUCUUAUUUAGGUGGAUCAGCUGGAUGGCCAAUCACAUACGUCUUAUCUAUGUACAUAACCGACACCUUCGGUUGGCAGUAUGUCUUCUACGUUCAAUCAAUUCUUGGCAUGAUCUGGUGCAUAACUUGGAAACAAUUAGCUUACGAUGAUCCAUUCCAACAUCCGAGUAUCUCCAUCAAAGAGAGAGCUCACAUAUUGAAUGGUAUGAGAGAAUCAGGGUUCAUCGAAGGUCAAAUGCUUCCUAUUCCAUGGAGAAGUAUUUUCACCUGUGCAGCAGUCUGGGUGAACUUAAUCACAUGUACUGGAUCUUUAUGGGUUUUAUUUACCAUGAUCACGUUAUCUCCUUCUUAUCUCAAGUCAUCACAUGGGCUCGAUUGGAAAACCAUCAGCAUAUUUUUCAGCAUAUCUCACAUCGCCAGAUGGUUCUUCGCCAUAACCUUAUGUAGUGUUGCCAAACGUCAAAAAUACCUUCCUCUCAGAAAUGUUCGCAAAUUAGCCACUUCAGUGUGUACCAUUGGUACCGGGAGUACGCUGUUGAUCGUCAGUUUAUCAAAUUGUAACAUUGUUCCGGCUAUGAUUGCCCUUUCCCUCGCUAUAAUUUCGAUCGGAGUGCAAGGAGCAGGACCGGUGGCUAUUUUUAUCGAUAUGGGUCCUAAUUUCACAGGUAUUCUGACUGGCAUUAGUGGUUCAGUAGGAGGUCUUGCUGGCUUAAUUAGUCCGAUGUGGCUGAAUUAUUUGAUGAAAGAUGAUCACACGUCAUUUCAAUGGCAGAAAAUUUUCAUGAUUACUGCAUUCAUCUGCUGGAUCAGUGGAAUUGUGAAUUUAUUCUUCGGUACUUCAGAGUUGCAGUCCUGGAAUAAAAAAGAUACCUCGGAGGAGCAACAUUUAUCCACUCAAAUUACACUCUUAUCCUCAAAAUCGAACAAAACUCGCGUAGAAAUGAUCUCUUGUAAAUAAAUUGUUGUUUUUUUUUAUAGGCGUG